UACCUCAUAGAUUCGCACAUACCUUACCCCUAAACACAUUCCUGUACUUUCUGACACUUAUUAGCCCACACAGCAUCAUCCCUACACAUUAACACACCCAUCACUCAUUCCCCUGCACACCCAACAGUUUUGUUUUGCAGGUUUUUUUCUUCUAGGUUUUCAGUCCUUACAGAUUUGCUACUGAUUGGACAAUGUCUAGCAGGCAAGAGAAGAUAAGGACAUACACCGAGGCUUUGUCAUCUGACCUCGAAGUGCCGGUGAAAAAAAGAUGCAUCACGGAGGCCACUGAAAAUACUGCCAGGUCUGAAACAGCUGCAGCUGCCAACACCGGCUUUUACCAACUCCUGGAACAUCAUCAAAUUGGAAAAGGCCUGGCAAUAGACUCCUGCAGGAAACUUACUGAUAAGUACCUUCUGGCUAUGGUGAAAGUUUAUUUCCAGCGUGCCAAGCUCCAGGAAGAAGAGUACACCACCUUGAACUUCUUUGCAGCCCUGUUUCUGGCCAAUGAAAUGGAAGAAGAAACAAUCUUCCAUGACCUGAUUUACCCCUUGGGCCUCGGGGUUGAGUAUCAGGUUAAAUGGCAGGAGCUGAGGAGCAAAAAACUGGAGUUGUGGGUGAGGAUGGGCUUCAAAGCAUGGGUGAGCAGAUCAUCCUGUGAGGAGGCAAUGGAAGAUAACCCAACACACUGGGCAUGGAGGCGUGAAAGGCACCACAACCAUGGUUUGGCCAUCAGGUUCCACGCAAGACAGAGGGACUACUUAUACUUCAGUCUCCCUUAUAUCAGCCCAGCUGUCUGCUCCCAGUGUGCGCCCAAGCCCCCAACUCCAGAGAAAGUCCGGCCAGACAAGGAGCUGCCAUUCAAGAUGAGGAUGAAGAGAAUGUGGAAGAAAGACAACCCAUAAGUUCCACCCUCAUCCUUUUAUUUAGUACAACAUCUAUAUUUUGUCAUUUUAUUAUAGAGUUUAGGUAACUUAUUGCCAUUUUAAUAUUAUUAUAGCUUAAUAUAUUUUAGUACAGUUAUGGGAUCCAUAAUCUGGAAACCUGUUAUCUAGAA